AUGCAGCUAAGGGUAUCUGCGGAAAUGAGAAACUGUACAUAUAAUAAGAAUACUAAAGAUGCACCAUUAAAUGUAAUAUCCGAAUUACCUGUUAAGAUAAUAUUACGUAAUUUUUUACCUUCUGGAGCUCCAGCUACGAUAUGGAAUCAUAAAUCUAAGAAAACAUCUACACCAAGCUUACAAGCAGUGGUUUUGUCAAAAGAUCCACAGAGUUUUGGAUAUUUCUUUUAUAUACCUAAUGAAAAUAGAGUAAUUACCACUACAAACUUUAAAAUCCCUGAUUAUUCAGUAAAUACGCAACAGAAGAGUAAUCCAGAAGAAACCAUUAUUGCACGAUUUAAAGCUAAUGUUAUAUCUAAAAUAGGUUCUACUAGAAAUUUUGAAUUUGAUGAAGAUGAGAUUAAUGAAGCAUUUCCUGAUAAAGAGUAUGAAAAUGAUACUGAAGGUAUAAAUAAUAUUACGGUAGAUGAUAAGAUAGCAUCACAACAGUUGUUAAAUGACCUUAAUGAAAAUGGUGAAGAAGAAAUAAUGGAUACCGAAAGUGAUUUUAGUCCUUCUAAUAUAGAUCCUGACCUUAUUGACAAUGUUAAUUUAGAUGAAAUUUUAGAACAACCUAACGUAAUUGAACUUAUGAACAAUGAGAAUACAACAAUUAACGGUGAAAAUGAAAUUAAGAAUACAGACACUAAUAAUGAAAAAAUUGAUAAUGAUAUCAACAGUAAUAAUGAUAAUAAAGACAAAUAUUCAAUGUUAAUAAAUGAAAAUAAUUAUAAUAAUUGCAAUAAUUCAAAUGAUGAGAUGAAUAAUAUAUUAUCAUCUAAUGAGGACUAUAACUCAAUCACUGAUGAACAGAACAGUUCCAUCAUCACAAAUACAGAGAUCGUAAUACAGAGUAAUCAUGAUAUAAGAAAUGAUAUUUCCCCAUAUUCAAGCAUUCCAAUAACAUCAGAACAUGAGAAUGAAAAUAUAACUGAAACACAUCAUAAUGACAUAAUUAAUGCUAAUAGAGAAUCAGAUAACGCAUCUAUUAUUGAAGAUAGUAUUGAUAAUUUCAAUGAGGACAGUGAAAGUAGAUCAGAAAUUGAACCAGAUAGUAGUACAAUAACAGUUAAUGAAAGAGAUAAUAUGUAUAAAAGAACCAGAGAAGAAGUUGAUGUACAGGAUAAGGAAACAGAUAGUACAUCAAAUAAUAAUAUUAUAGAAACUAGCUCAUCCAGAUUAUCAUUCUCCAAGAAAAAUUUACAAUAUUUAGUUGGUCACAGAAAUAAUAGUACAAGAAGAAAACCUAAUCAUAGAAUACCAACUUAUCUACAAGAAAGGAAGUCUGAUCCUGUAAUGCCACCUAUAAUACAUCCUACAUCAAAAAAACCUCAUUUACGAAAAGUACGUCGUAUUUUACCGCGUACCAACUGGCAAAAUAAAAUAAGAUCGAUUUACUAUAAAGAAGCCAUAACAAAUAAUAAAAAUUUAAAACAAAGAGAGAGAUUUAUCAAGUCAUUCAAGAAGGAAGUUGAAAACUUGGUUAAGAUGGGGGUUUAUGACCCUGAUAUUCGCUUACCCAAAUCAGCUAUUCCCAAAAAUAAGAUAAUCUCUACAGUUAUAGUAUUCACUGUUAAACGAGAUGGGACAUGUAAGGCAAGGUAUUGUGCUCGUGGUGAUUUACAGAAUCAAGAGUCUUACGGUAAUACUGAAUCCUCUAUUUUAAGUCUUGAUAGUCUUAAAAUUCUAUUAUCUGUUUACUGGGAUUCAAGAGAGUUAGACAUUGUUAUACAGUGUUUAAGAUGUAAAGACGAUUACUUUUAUUCAGAAAUAUAUAGCAAAUACUAUAACUAA